AUGAAGAGGGGAAUUUCGAGCUCGAUAUGCAUUAUUGUUGCGAUUGUUUUGGUAAAUUGUCAAAUAUAUCCCGACGUAAUAGCUCAGUGGAACAGAACGGGACCAAUAAUAAUAAAGCACGGCUGCCCAACCACUGCGAGGACAGAAGAGUUGGCAGCAAGUUAUUUCGACUGCAUUUAUUAUUGCAAAAACAGUACUGGUCACUGGAUGUAUGGAUUUUAUAUUCCCGGGACAAAUUGCAGUUACGGCCCCGAGAGACGUCCAGGUUCCUGCUUUGGCGGCCAUUGUUAUCUGAUUACCGAUACAGUCACCGAAGCCACAACCCCGGACAUUACGCAGAGGCCGCAAGUCGAACAUGGAACCACUCCCACACCACCAGUGGAAAAUGAUACCGAUUCCACUCCAUCAAUAAAAAAUUAA